UUUCUUUAAGGAUUUUGAUAGGUGGUUUUGUUUUAGAGACAGCUAAAUGCAGUUAUUUGUCUGAAAGAUUAUGAGCUAUGCUCUGGAGCCCCCCAAAAAAUCAUGCCAAAGAAAAGAAAUAAGAUUUGGUGCACUCAUUUUAGAUUUUGAACUCUGAAAUUGAUGGGACUUAGUUGUUAUUCGGCUUCAUGGGAAGCGUUACCAUGGUAACAUGUAGGUAGCUGAUUCUCUUUUCACUCUACAAAGGAGAUACUUGAAGCUGCCAGACAUAUGCAAGACGAGAAAUGCAGUAUUGUGUGACUUGUUGUCAAUGAAUGUAAACACUGUUAGGCCUCAGAGUCAGAAUCUGAAAUUGUUGGUUGUUGGUUGUUUUGCAAGAGGUUAUUACAGUAUAAAUUGCAUCUGUCAGUCAUCAUUAAAUUCUCGUUAUCUUGUCAACUGAUGCUUCUAAAACUUGGCUGAUAUUGUUGUUGUUUUUAUCAUGAAACUGCCUUGGUUAUUGAUGGUCAUUCAUCAUUAGGAGCUCAACUUUUAUUGUGACAGGGAUAUUAGUUGUGAGAUGGUUGUUAGAUAGAGGCACGUAGAUAGGGCCAAAGGAUGCAAUAUCACAAAGUUCAGUUGUGCAGCACUGCUGACUGCUUGACACGUACAACCCCCUCUCUCCAUAAAACACCUCUGGCUGUGUACCUGACACGCUUUGUGACUUGUGGAAACGUGUUUGCGAUACCACGAAAUAGUUUGGCAGGAUAAACCAUUAGCUUUCAGACAUGUAUGCCGUUUUUCAGGCUCUGUUCUCUGUGGUUGGGUCUCUUGGAUUUAUUGGCAAUGUUCUUGUAUGCGUGACCAUAUGUUAUACAGAGGCACUGCACAGUAUCACAAACUUGUUCAUACUGAAUCUGGCCGUGGCUGAUGCAUUGGCUUCAGUAGCCCAUGUUGCAGAUCCGUUUACAACCCAGCAAUUGUCAGUCGAGAAGUCCCUUUACAACGAUACAGUCACGUGUCCUGUGCAGUUGAAUUUCUGGGUUAGUGUGCAAUCAGUUGUGUAUUACUUACACUCAUCUCUUUUGGCCCACUCUGUCUUUGGCCUUACGUUGGUGACACACGAGCGGUUUAUUGGGAUUGUAAAACCUUUGCAGCAUGCAAGCUACUUCAGUCGGAGAAAGAUUGCUGUCAUGUUAUUGGCAAUGUGGAUGACUCCGCUGGUUGUAGAAUUGCCUCGCUUUGUGUAUGUCAUUGAUUACCAGCGACAAAAAUGUACGGGUGAUUCAGAGUAUGAGUACAUGUUUUCCAUUUUGUCAAUGCUUCUACUUGCCGGACCUACUGGAGCCAUGGUUUGGAUGUAUGUCCAGAUUCUGAAAAACCUCAAACAGGGGGCUAAGAACCUUCAGCAGUUAGGAGUAAAAGGAUCGGCCAAAGAGCUACUUGAAGCUCACAAAAAGGUGACCGUAGCGAUGGCUCUCGUCACGGCAGCUUUUUUUAUUCUAGUACUGCCUACUAAAAUAGUGAAACUCACGUUUGAAAUCAUUGUCAAACCUUCACCUUUAGCUGUGUCUCAGACGUUUACUCUCCUGGUAGUGCUGAAUUCAGCCAUCAACCCAGUCUUGUACGGGUUCAAGUACAAACAGCUGAGGGAGUCCUUUGUGUCUAUGGUGGUGGGCAAAUGCAGGAAAUUGAAGCGUCAGAAUCACGUUCAGCAAGCACCCAGGGUAGAGAUGGUCCAAUCUCUAUCCUAACAAGCAGCAUGUCUGCUACUGUAGCUCUUUGUAGAGGUCACGGUAUUGUCCAAACAUGUGAAGAUCUGUUUUUAUCUCCAAAAUAUUGGCAAUGAUUGGCAUUUUGAAAAAAAUCCUGGUUUUUCUCUGAUUUGGUAACAUGUGUAUAUAAAUGCGAGUGUUUUUGGAAAGAGCUGUUUCUGUAUGGCAUGUAUGGGAGCCGCAAAAACAAUCGCAAAUUUUUUUUAAAAAUCUUAACGAGUUUGUGCCUGACAAUAUAUUUUGGAUUUUGUUUAGGUGCAUUUGUCCACAUUGAAAGUGUAGGUUCUGAAAUUGAUGUUGUUAGUGGGCCUUAUGAGGGGGAGUGAUUGUUACCAUGGUAAUGCCGCUUGUAAGCUUUGGUUAUGUUUGUCCAUGGGUUUAUCUCUGUCGACUCAAUCUUGACGUAAUUGCUCGUAGAUGUUGUGAAUCCGUGUGGGGGUUAAGAUUGAUUGCGGGCGAGCUGGCAAAGUCCGGAACGUGGCUGUAUGUGAAUUGACUUGCUGUCAACUGGAACGCUGAUGUUGAGAAAUUAUUUGAUUAAGUUGCUGUAAUGAGGCAAUGCAAGACGAGGGUUAAUUACAUUAUGUCGAUCAGUCAUCAUUAAAAGCUCCAUUAAAAUCUGUUUUCUGAUUGCUGCUGCCCAAUUUCUGCUCGACGGACUUGAUGGAGUCUGAGUGAGUGAGGAUUGAGCGACAGCCAUAAACUUCUGGCUGAUGCAAACAAAAUGCCAGCUUAGAUUAAAGUUCACAACUUUGAUGGUUUCGAGUGCUGUUGUCGUUCGAGACACCAGAGUUUUGGAAACAAACGAAAGUUUUUUAAUAAGCAGUCAACAGAGGUGGAGUGUUUAAUGAAACUGUCAGAGAAUGGAUGUAUCGGCUCAUCUUUCACUUGCCCUUGGAGGCUUGGUCUGUUUGUACAAGCACAUAAUUGCUUUUGGACGCACUGAUCUGAAGGGUACAGACAGCAUUACUUGCAGGUGAAGUGUAUUGUAAAUACACUGCUGAACUACGUGGCAAAUGAAUUUGAGCUGGUGACCCUUGUGACAUUAAGAUGACUUUUUUUGUAAAAGCCUUGGGAGCUUUUGGAGGGAGUUGAUGCCCUGGCUUGCAAUAGACGCAUGGGAACAAUCUUUACCUGACUACCCAGGUUAGUGUUGAAAAGUCAAACACUUUGCUGACAUCCUAACGAGCAAAUCACUCUUUAUUAACAGACAGUGACUGUAGAUUUGGGGGGGGGGGAUGUAAUUUAAAAAAACAUUGUGGACCCUUCCCCUGGUUGUGCUGCCUUAAACUGCUGAAAGCUCACCAGACCUCAUAAUGAGGGAUAAGGCAGGAUGGUGAGUGGACGAUGCAUUUCGGUGAUAGAUGGUUAAGUGGUACGGGACUGCUCAUGAAAUUGACUGAUGAUGUUGUUUACAUGGAUAGACUCGUGAGAGGUUUAGAUAAAAAAGACCUGACUUGAUGUCGGUCGGCUAGAGGUAUAAAUGAGGCCCAUCUACCGCUCCUGAAAUCAGUCGAACGACAAUGAUCUUGUAGAGAGAACGUGUUCUGCAUUCUAGUUCAAAGUGUCUGGCAAUUUUCAUUGUGUGCUUUUGGAACUGAAUUUGAAAGUGAAUGCACCUCAACCCAACCAUCUUACGCAAAAAAAACAAGCACGUAAACUGUCCAAUAUGGCUAAUGAUUCAGUAGAAAUCUUGCUAGUGAACGUAGGGAAGAUGAUAGUAGGAGCUUUUGGAUUCGUGGGAAAUGGGCUUGUAUGUGCGACCAUAUGCUACACCAAGGAACUGCACAAUGUCACCAACCUGUUUAUUCUGAGUCUUGCCGUUGCGGAUGCACUGACUUCAAUAUGCAGCACUAUGAAAGUAUUUGCGACGAGAGUGGAGUUUGCUUGGAAUGGUACAGGAUGCACACCCGAAUUGGGUUUUUUGCAUGACAGCAAAUGGGCCCACUAUUUCUUUCAGAGUUCCUUCUUUGCUCACUCCGUGCUCUGCCUGGGAUUGAUAUUGAUAGAGCGUUAUAUUGGGAUCAUCAAGCCCUUGCACUACGCCAGCUUCUUCAGUCGGACCAAGAUCGUGCUGAUGCUGGUCAUUGCUUGGGUCACUCCCUUCGCAGUGGAGUUGCCUCGUUUGAUAUACACCGUCGUCAGCUAUCGGCAGGCUGGCUGUAUUGACAACGACCACACUAACAUAACUGCCAUAUUCUCCAUCAUGUCCAUAAUCCUUUUUGCCGUACCUGCAAGCAUCAUGAUCUGGAUUUAUAUUCAGAUUCUUGCCAACCUCAAACAAGGCGCUAAGAAUCUACGAGAGAUAGGCAUCAAGGGUUCAGCCAAGCAACUGCUUCAAGCUCACAAGAAGGUGACCAGUUCCCUCAUCAUCAUCACGCUGGCGUUCUUCCUCCUGGUUUUUCCUAUGCGGAUCUACAAGCUGUUGAGGGAAAUAAACGUAGAUCGAGAGAACUUCUUCAUUUUGUACAAUUGCUU